AGAUCCUUUCUGCUGCAAAAGAACUGGGACACCUUUCCAAACUGAAGGACCACAUGGCAGGAGACGCUAAAAGCCUGACGCCCAGGCAGUGUGCCGUCAUGGACGUGGCUCUGGACACCAUCAAGCAAUACUUUCAUGCGGGUGGGAACGGCUUGAAGAAGACUUUCCUGGAGAAGAGCGCUGAGCUUUCGUCGCUCCGCCACGCUCUGUCUCUCUACACCCAGACCACCGACACGCUCAUCAAAACCUUUGUGACCACGCAGCAUUCACAAGUGCACAAUGGGAAGGGUAUUAGGUUAACUCCUAAUGAGAAAAUCCAGCCCAGCAGGGGUUCAGGUGUGGACAAACCCAUCGGAGAGGUUUCCCUGCAGAUUGAGCUGUACACUCAUCCGAAGAGCGGAGAGCGGAAAGUUACACUCAAAGUGAUUGGAGCCAGUGAUUUGAAGUGGCAGACGUCUGGGAUGUUCAGACCCUUCGUGGAAGUCACUAUGAUCGGGCCGCACCUCAGCGACAAAAAGCGCAGAUUUCAGACCAAAUCCAAGAACAACAGCUGGUCUCCCAAAUACAACGAGACCUUUCACUUCGUUCUGGGUGUCCAGGACGGGUUCGAGUGCUACGAGGUUCAAGCCUGCGCCAAGGACUACUGCUUCGGCCGCGCCGACCGGGUGGUGGGCCUGUCCGUGGUGCAGCUGAGGGACAUCAUGGAGAGGGGCAACUGCGCCUGCUGGUGCCCCCUGGGGCAGCGCAUCUCCAUGGACGACACGGGCCUGACCGCCAUGCGGAUCCUCUCCCAGCGCUCCAACGACGACGUCGCCAAGGAGUUCGUCUGGCUCAAGUCCGAGACUCGAUCAGCGGAGGAGGGAAGAUGAGGGUCUGCUUAUUCCAGUGGGACUGCUUUGACCUCUGACCUUUCUUGGCUGCUGUGGAAAACCUCGCCAGCUUCCAGUGUUCUUCAACUUCACAUUUUUAACCUUUUUAACUCUCGUUCGCCUCUACUGAGGAGACAGAACCCAUCCAGAACCUGUAAACGGGCCGAAAGGGAACCCACCCACCCCAAGUGUUCUUGUGCAAUAAAUCCAACCCACCCCUCCCAAAGUGAGGCCAAGUGGUUCAAGCCUUACACUCUGCAAGCUGUGAAUGUGUUCAUGUAAAAGGAAAUAAAUCCUGUUUUUAAUGACCAGAAGUCAAAUAUUUCACUUCACUUAGCAAAGAAAAACUACAAAUCAUAAUUUUUUUUAUUGUUUUCUAACAGUUUGAGCAGAUAAAUGCAGAAACAAUUUUAAUCCUCAUUUUUCAAUUAAAAAUGUUUGAAUUUAACUCAUAGCUUCAUUUCAUCCUCUAUUUGGUGGCCAUUUUAUUUCUCUCUGUGUUUCCUGUACGCUGUGACCAUUUUAUUUAUUUUUUAUGAAUAUUUAUUUCCCUUUUAAAGACGGGAUUUGAUUUGCUUUCUGCUCCAUUUUUUGACAUUUUUGUUGAGUUUUUGGGGUUUUGUUACAAACUGAGUUGCACAGCAGGACUUGAGUUGGGGUAAUUACAAGUUUACAUUUCUCUCUUUUUUGUUGUGUUUUAUUCUGCCCUUCAUACGAGCGGCCUUAAUUAUAAAAAUGAUUUUUUAUUUUUUGUUGAUGUUUAUUUUUAACCUCUUUACCUUGUAAUUGUUAUGAUUUGCAUCUUAUUUCCCAAGACUGAUGUCAAACUGGUGAAUUUCCUUAACAUUUUGUAUUUUUCAUUUUAGUAAUUUUAUGUAAGCUGGAUUUUUGUGGGCAUCUGUCAUGCUGAGUAUCAAAUCCCAUGUUUUUUUAUUUGUUUCCAUUUCUUUAUAUUUUCUUUAGACAGAGAUUUAUUUUGAGCUCUUUUGUUUCAGCAGCUUUUUAAUGGAUAAAAUCUCUUAGAAGCUACAGAUCCAGCCUCCUGUUUCUUACCUUCACUGAGUAAUUCAAUGUUUUUGUUGAUGGGAGCAAAUAUUUCCUUGUGCAACACACUUUCCUCGUGCCAAGUUAAGUUUUCACUUUAGGUUUUCUUAAUUAUUGCACAUUUUUGUAACUUUGGAACCAUAAAAUCACUGAAUUUAUCUGGAGUUUUCAUUGGUCUGUCACAUCUCUUUAAAUCUCUCACUGUGUUUGCUUUCCACUUAAUGUUUUGUAUAAAGUAUUUAAGACUUAUAUGUAAAUGUCUUUUUUUUCUUGCACCACAGACUAAAAAAGUCAUUUUCACAGUGAAUUCAGUUUAUUUAUACUGGGCUAAUUUACAUUAGAUAUUAUCUUAUUGCACUUUAUGAGGAAAAAUAUUUAUAAUAAAUGUUCAGAUGAAAUCAACACAGAUUAUUCCAUUGUGAACUAACCAUAAAAGUGCAUCUUAAUAUGUUAGAAUAUUAUUGUUUCAGAAAUGGUGAAUUUCAUAUGUGCAUCCUUUUUUUCACCAGUUUUUCUUUCCACCCUACUUUUUAUUAAAAAGUAAUACU